GUUAAUAGCGUUUCGGCCAAUUAAAUUUAGUAUGUGAGUACACAUGCCAACCUUUGUAUAUAGAUUCUGCUUCUCGAUAUAUUUAGAUUAAGUUUUCUAAGUGCAUUUGUUUCGAGCAGCAGUUCGAUCAUUUAGUCUUUUUUCUUUUAUAUCAGUAUAAACACUAUAGUAAAGUAAUAUGGCAGACGAAGAAGAUCCAUGGGGUUUCGACGACGGCGGCGAGGAGGAGAAGGCGGAGAAGGCGGCAUCCACUCAGUCGGGCACUCCGGCUCCGCCCUCAAAAGCACCGAGUGUGGCAUCCGAUCACAAGGCUGAUAGCGUCGUGGCUGGCACUCCGGCCAACGAGGAGGUUGCUCCGGAAGAGGUAGAAGAAAUAAAAGCACCGCCGCCUCCGCCAGAAGAUGAUGGAUAUAGGAAACCGGUGCAGCUCUACCGCCACUGGGUCAGGCCGAAAUUUCUGCAAUACAAAUAUAUGUACAACUACAGAACCAACUAUUACGAUGAUGUAAUUGACUAUAUCGACAAAAAACAAACUGGAGUGGCUCGGGAAAUACCAAGACCCCAGACGUGGGCGGAGCGUGUCCUGCGCACACGAAAUAUCAGUGUCGGUGACAUUGACUCCUAUGCACCAGCAAAGAGGGACAAACAACUAAUUCAGACACUGGCGGCCUCGAUAAGAACUUAUAAUUACCACACCAAGGCAUACAUUAACCAAAGGUAUGCCAGUGUCCUUUAGUAAGCGCGCCUAAAUGUACCCAUAGAACCGUCGCUGAGAUGAGCACUCGUAGUUAUAUAAAGGGGAACCAGUUUCAAAAGAUCCAUACUCGUACGUAUAGUCAGUCAGUAAGCGUUUGCAUAUCUGCGCAUCUCAAAACUCUGUAUCUGCCUUAUAAAGUGGGCUCGAUUACGCUCGUUGACAGCUUUCAAGAAAACGAAUAUUGUAUAUUUUCUUACAUGCGUAAUUUCUGUUAAUAUAUUGUUAUAUAUGCCUAUUUAUAUAUAUUAACACAACUUACCUCUCAACACAUGGUAUUUUUAAGGUUAUUUACUUCAUUUUUAGCAAAGUGAAUAAAUUAAAAAACUUAUUUAUAUUGUAAAGCUUAAAAUAAAAACUGUGCAAUAAAUAAACCU